AUGACUCUGCGCAGUCUGACAAGGAUCCUUGUUCUUUGGUGGUUUGCGAAACGGCCUGCAACGAAGGGGUUCUCCUCCGACCCAUGGCCAGCGGGCCAAUUUACCGAGCCCGGCCCCAAAGAAACAACAAAUUUAACUUGGACAAUGGCUCGGUUAGUGCGUUCUGUUCCAAAAGGAAGAGCCUCAAUUAUGCUGAUGCCACACCGUGGUCUCGGAAUAUUGGCCACACUAGAUGGCAGGCCCUGA